UCAAAGACUUCAUCUAGGGUGACCUUUCCUUCCCAUGUCAUCCUGUUGACAUCAUGACCCAUUAAUGAUUAAACCCCACUCCUAAGGCUCCACCUUCUCAAAGCUUCAGUGAGCCUUAAAUCCUGUGCUCUUCGUCACCAACAAAAAAGCCUAAACAAGAAGUGAUUGAUCAAUAGAUCGAUCGAUGGAUUAUUGACCGAUCGAUGGAUCAAAUCAAUUUCUGACUGAAUUGAGUCAUCUUCUUCGAUCAAUUGUUAUCGACAAGCCGAUAUUUUUUUAAAAUUCUCUACCCGUUCUAGGGUUUAAUUUAUUUUUGUUGCCGAUGGAGUCGGAUGAUGAUAUGCACGAUGCUAAUGACGUGGCUUCGAUGGAGGAGGAAGAUGAUUACUACAGCGGCGGUGAGGAGGAGGAGGACUAUAACUACAGCUACGGUGAGGUUGAGGGCGAGGAGGAGGAUGACUCUGAAGAUUUUGACUUUAUGGCCAAUGAGUCCGAUGACGUUCCUGUUAGUCGCUUACAGAAAAAUUGCACCAUCUUGAAGGACGAAGAUAUACGUCAGCGUCAGGAGGAAGAUAUCACAAGAAUUUCUACCGUUCUUUCCGUUUCAAGAGAUGCCGCAUGUAUACUUUUGCGCCGCUUUAAGUGGAGCGUGAAUGAUGUGCAUGAAGAAUGGUUUGCUGAUGAAGAAAGAGUUCGCGAUUCUGUUGGCUUAUUGGAGAAGCCACUGGUUCAAUUUUCGAAUGCUAAACAAGUAACUUGUGGGAUCUGUUUUGAGAACUUCUCACCGGAGCAGAUAUGUACUGCUGCAUGUGGUCAUCCUUUCUGUGACACAUGCUGGAAAGCUUACAUUUGCACGUCCAUCAAUGAUGGCCCUGGUUGCUUGACGUUGAGGUGUCCGGAUCCAUCUUGUAAUGCUGCCAUUGGUCAAGAUAUGAUUAAUAUGUUGGCACCAGAUGGAGAUAGGGAGAAGUAUUGUCGUUACCUUAUUAGAUCUUAUGUUGAAGAUAGUCGAAAGACCAAGUGGUGUCCUGCCCCUGGUUGUGAUUCUGCUGUUGAAUACAUUGUUGGGAGUGGAAGCUAUGAUGUCACUUGCAGUUGUUCUUACAGCUUCUGUUGGAGCUGUACAGAGGAAGCUCAUCGUCCUGUGGACUGCGAAACUGUGGCCAAAUGGAUUUUGAAAAACAGUGCUGAGUCAGAAAACAUGAAUUGUCUAAUCUGCUGUAUGAUGGAGCAUUGUUGUACUACUAACACAAAGAUAUUGGCCAAUUCCAAGCCUUGUCCUAAGUGCAAGCGACCAAUUGAAAAGCACCAAGGCUGUAUGCAUAUGACUUGCACACCACCCUGCAAAUUUGAAUUUUGCUGGCUAUGUCUAGGUGCGUGGUCGGACCAUGGUGAGAGGACUGGAGGUUUCUAUGCAUGCAACCGGUACGAGGCAGCAAAGCAAGAGGGAGUGUACGAUGAAGCUGAGCGGAGAAGAGAGAUGGCCAAGAACUCUUUGGAAAGAUAUACCCAUUACUACGAGCGAUGGGCUUCCAACCAAUCUUCAAGGCAAAAGGCAUUGGCGGAUCUGCAUCAAAUGCAAAGUAUUCAUCUCGAGAAGCUUAGUGAAGUACAAUCCCAACCUGAGUCACAAUUGAAGUUCGUUAUAGAAGCUUGGCAACAGAUAGUUGAGUGUAGGAGGGUGUUAAAAUGGACCUAUGCUUAUGGAUUCUACCUGCCUGAACAUGAACACACAAAAAAGCAGUUUUUUGAGUAUUUGCAAGGUGAGGCAGAGGCUGGUUUAGAAAGGCUCCAUCAGUGUGCAGAGAAGGAGCUACAGAAUUACCUUAAUGCCGAAGGUCCAUCAAAGGAUUUCAAUGAUUUCCGUACAAAACUUGCUGGCUUGACGAGUGUGACUCGGAAUUACUUUGAGAACUUAGUUAGAGCACUGGAGAAUGGCCUUUCUGAUGUUGAUCCACAAGGAGCCUGUAGUAAGACGACAAGCUCAAAAAACAUAGCUGGCAGCAGCAAAGGGAAAGUUGGAAGGGCAAAGGGAUCUUCCAGGACAGGAGCAUCAAGCAGAAACACAGACGAUUCAAGCAGUUGGGCUUGCGAUCGAUGUACCUAUAUGAACGCCCGAUAUUCGACUACAUGCCACAUGUGCUGUCACCAUCGCUAAAACAGGCCAUAACGGACCAUGAUGGUCCGAUAAAAGUACCUUUCUGAUAAUAAAAACAGAAAUCAAAAGAAAAUUUAUAGAAAACUUGUCACUAGCUUGCCAUGUGUGGGAGGUGUAAAAUUCUGAAAAAAAGUUUUACCGCAGUAGGCUUGAGUUUUACCCCUUCUUUUAAUGGUUGGGUUGAGGUGGAGGUGGGGGUGGGAGUGGGGGUUCAUGUACAUAUUUAUGUCUUUGAGUCAAAACAAGUCAGUAGUCACUAUUUCCAGCUCUGAUGACUAUGACUCGAUUUUAAAUUAACAACAUGCGUAGGAUGUAAAUGCAAAUGUACUCAUUUGUGUUUCCUUCUCCCAGUAGCAAUUGAGAUAUUUAACUGGGCUACUUCAGCCUUUUAUUUUUUACGUUGUAGAAUAUGUACAUUAUUAUGGUGUAUUUGAGAGGAGAUAAGCAGUGUAUUGCACGAAGAUUAAGCUAGGUUGGCAUA